UAAGGGUAAAAAUGCUAAAUUCAAACUUUAUCUUGAAGACCAUGAAGACAUAUUUGCAGUAACACCAACUCAAGGAAUUAAUGAUGUUAUCUUUAUGAUAAGAGUUAAUAAAUCUGAAGAAUUAGAUUAUGAAAGAGAAGAUUUACUAGAACCAAAACAGUUUAAUUUUAAGAUUAUAGCAAAAGAGACUGGAACAGAAGAAGAAUAUUAUUCAGUAGUGAAUGUAACAGUAAAUCUUGAAGAUGUAAAUGAUAACUUUCCUCAGUUUUUAUCUGCUGAUGUUGCUUAUGUUUAUGAAAAUGCUAGCCAAGGAGACUUUGUAGCUUCAAUUAUUGCUACUGAUAUUGAUUCUAGUUAUUAUGGAACCAAAGGCAUUCGAUAUAGGUUGAUACCAAACUACAUAUCUGAUAGUUUUCAGAUUGAUAGUAUAACAGGCGAUCUAAACGUUUCAAAGGAUGAUCAUGGAUUUGAUUAUGAAAAAAUUCAAGAUUAUUAUCUUACCAUAGAGGCAAGAGAUGAAAAUGGCACAGGAAAUGCAAAUACAACUCAGUUGCACAUUGUUAUCCUUGAUGUUAAUGAUAAUGCACCUAAGUUUCGUUAUGAGAAUUAUAGUGGACAUUUAAUGGAAAAUUCAGAAAAAUUUACGGAUAUACUCCAAGUACAGGCAACGGAUGCUGAUGAACCUAAUUCAACUAACAGUAUAGUUAGAUACCAAAUUAUUUACGAUGCUUUUGAACAGUUUACAAUUGAUCCAGUAGAAGGUAUUAUUACUCCAAAGUCAUCAUUAGAUUUUGAAGACGAUGAGCCUCCUGUAAAUGAUAACUGUAUAACUAUUUGUACUAAAACAUAUUUCUUAAAAGUAAUGGCUUAUGAUCUUGGAAUUCCAAGACAAUCAUCUGAAGUUUCAGUUUAUAUUACUUUAAUGGAUGAAAAUGAUAAUGUACCAGAAUUUAAUGCAACUACAUGUGACACAAGUGCUAACAUUAAUGAAACAUCAGUUGGAGGUACCCAUGUUGCUGAAGUUUAUGCUACAGAUAAAGACAAGUCACCCAUGUUCAGUAAUGUAUCCUACACUAUUAUUGAUGGAGCAAAAAAUAAUUUUAUCAUAGACAGAACAAGAGGAAACAUCACUGUUGCUUAUAAUUCCUAUCUAAACAUCACAGAUGAUAAAUCAAAACUUUCAUAUGAACUUAAGAUUGAAGCUACUGAUGCAAUGAUGAAAAAACAAGAUAAUCAUUUUUGUAAAGUAUAUAUUAAUGUCAAAGAUAUAAAUGAUAUACCACCAAAAUUCAAAUAUGUUUCGUCUACUGGUUAUAAGAUAUUAGAAAAUGUUAAUGAUAAAAGAAUAGGUUUAUUUGAAGCUAUAGAUCCUGAUGAAACAAAACAAUUAAAAUAUUUUAUUCUUUUUAAUAAAUCUGAAGCAUUGCAACCAGAUAUGAUAUCUCCAGUAAAUGAAGAAAUUUAUAAUUUUACAAAAAUUUUUAAUAUUACUGAUAAAGGAGAAGUAUGGGUUGUAAAUCCAGCUGAUAGAGAAGAAAUGAAAUCUAUUGAUUUAACAAUAAAAGUUGUCGACAUAAAUGGUGAAAUUAAUAUUCCACAAGAAGAUGAGAUGCGCUUCAGAAUAAUAAUUGAAGACGUAAAUGAUAACGAUCCAUACUUUGUGAACAACAACACAUUAGAAGGAUAUGUUAGUAAAGUUUUUGAAAAUGUAAAAAAUAUUAUGCUCCUCACUAUUCAAGCAAAAGAUAUUGAUGAAAACCAUACGAUAAUUUAUACCUUAGAAAAAGAUAAUGAUGCUGCCAAUUAUUUUGAUGUGAAUGAACAAACAGGAGAAUUGAGAAUCAUAAAGUCAGCUGACUAUGAAGAAAUAAAAUGGCUGAACUUUACUGUUUUUGCUACAGACAGUGGUGUUCCUUCAAGGAAUGCUUCAGCUCUAGUUACUAUAGAAAUAUUAGAUGAAAAUGAUAAUACUCCUCAAUUCAUAGAUGCACCUUAUACAGCUGAAAUAAAAGAACACGAACCAAAUGGUACAUUUGUUAUUAAAAUAAAUGCUAUAGAUGCAGAUUCAGGAGAAAAAGGCACAGUUUAUUUUAAAUUAUCAGAUCUAGACAAUGAUGAUCAUUAUUUUCAGAUGGAGAAAGAAACAGGUAAAAUUACUGUUCUCAAGGAUUUAGACAGAGAAAUACAAGAAAUAUAUACCAUCAAUGUUCAAGCUUAUGAUAAUCCAUUUGAUCGUGAUGAUCAAAAUAUUAACCUAACACAGGUAAAAAUAACAUUAAUUGAUAUUAAUGAUAAUAAGCCUGAAAUAAAAUCAAAUGAAGGAUGCUGGAGAAUACCAGAAACUCAUGGCAUUAAAGAAGAUAUAGGAAUUAUUACAGCUACAGAUAAAGAUAAAGAAGGAACACCUAAUUCAGAAAUUGAAUUUUUUAUAAUUAAUUCAGAAUAUUUUGAUAUAACAUUAAAUGGUACAUUGUUUGUAAAAUCAUCUCUUGAAAAUCUUCAUGAGGAGUUUAGUAUAGAAGUUAUGGCAAAGGAUAAGGGUGAACCACCUCUAAAUAGUACACAAGAAUUUUGUGUAUUUGUUUAUGAUAUGAAUACAUAUAAACCAGAAUUUACAAAUCCACAGCCUAAUGAAUUUCCUAAGACAGUAUAUACAUCAGAGGAUUCAGAUGAAAUUAUUUCCAAAGGUAGAAGACUUAUACAAAUACAAGCAACAGAUAGAGAUAAUGAUAAGACAACAAAUGGGAAUGUCAGUUACACAAUCAUUCAAGAUGAUCCAAUUACAAAAAAAUAUACAGAAGCUUUUAAAAUUGAUUCAGAUGGUAUAAUUUCAGUUAAUACAAAACUUGAAAAAUCCAAAAAAGCUUUUUAUGAGAUCAUUGUAAAAGCUUGUGAUAACGGCAAACCUCAAUAUUGUGCUGAUGUAAAUGCAAUCAUUCAUGUUUAUGUAACAAAUGAAAUAGAUCAUAAACCUAAAUUUAAUGAAAGAGAGGUAAAUUAUUCUUAAUGAUUUCAAACAUAAUUCAUUUAAACUU